AUGGAUUCAAUGGAUUCAAUGGAUUUGGUGGCCAUUCCCAGGUUUAUGGGACACAACACCGAUGCUCAUGAUCAACACCUCACCACCAUGAACACACAGACCACUCAUCUACUCUCCAAACUCAUUGCCGAGUCUAAGACACGCAAGAAAUUGAGACUCAGUUCACAGUUGGAUCAGUCAAGUGAUGCAAAUGUGUUGAAAAGUGAUGGCAUUACCAACGAUGAAGCCUCCGGUGAAGACAUUGCUGAACCAAAUGAAGGAACACAUGAAGACAAUUCUGAAGAGGCAGAAGAAGACAAACAAAAUGAAGACAUCGACGAAGAGAUGUCUGAAGACAUGUCGGAAGUGGUGGACACAGAAUUGGAUUCAAAUAACUUUGCAAUCAUUGGUGAAGUGAAGAAAGCAAAGAUAAUAAAAUUGGAGACAAUUACAGACAAAUGGAUUACAAAACCCGUAAUCUUUGAGCGCGACAUCAAAAACAGCAAAAAUUUGGAUGAAUUCUCGGAUGUGAUCGACGAACAGAUGAUGGAUCUGUUGUCGAAGAACCGAAUCAAUCGCUUAUUCCCAGUCCAACAGCAAGUGAUACCAUAUUUAGUGAAGUGUUUGAAUAACUCACAUAUAAUUCGUCCGAAAGACGUUUGUGUCUGUUCUCCGACCGGUUCCGGAAAGACAUUGUCUUUUGUGAUACCAAUUGUUCAGUACCUCCGCAAAAGAGUUGUCACAAAAGUGAGAGUUUUAGUGGUUUUGCCGGUUAGAGAUCUGGCGGUACAAGUGUUUCAAGUGUUUCACACAUACUGUCAGAAGACGUCACUGAAAGUGGGUUUAGUUGUCGGACACAAAUCGUUUGACGAGGAAUGCCAUUCCAUCGUCAGAAAGAGUGUCGAUGGACUCAACUAUCAUAGUUUGGUCGACAUAUUGGUCGCAACGCCCGGAAAGUUAGUUGAUUUGAUCCAAAGAGCAGAUGGUUUUAGUUUAAGACAUUUAGAGAUAUUAGUUUUGGACGAAUCCGACCGAAUGGUCAGUGAAUUGCAGUUCAAUUGGUUGCAAGAAAUUGAGUCUUCAGUGUUUGGCAAUAAUCGCAAACAUCACUGCUUUUGCUCUAUUGAUGGCACAGAUAAUGAUUCCCAACUAAACAGAUAUCAUGUGUCCAACGAGUGCUGUUGUCUUAAUAAUCGUUCCGUUAAUUCCAAACCAAUCCAUAAGAUCUUAUUCUCGGCCACACUUUCAACGGAUCCCGAAAAACUCAAAUUUAUAUCACUUUUCGAACCAAUCCUUUUUAUGGUCUCAUCUGAUCCCACGAGUAGUACUUCAGGGAAUACUUCGAACCCAACAAAACAUUUAGUUCCUGAAGAGUUGAAAGAGUUUAUGAUAAUUGCAAAGGAAGAUAGAAAGCCAUUAAUUGUAUGGUAUUUGAUGGAAGUGUUGAAAUAUAGGAAAGUGUUGUGUUUCACGGGUUCUGUUGAGAACAGUCAUCGCCUGUAUUCACUGCUCAAAGAGAUGUCGGGGUUAGUGAUCGCAGAGUUCUCAUCGAAACUUUCGGCCAAAAGACGCGAAAAACUCUUAAAUCGAUUUGUUUGCGAGAAAAUCGAUCUCAUUAUCUGCUCAGAUAUAUUCGCGCGUGGAUUAGACAUCGAUGGUAUCAAUUAUGUCAUAUGUUAUGAUCCGCCACGAAAUGAGACCCAAUAUAUCCAUAGAGUGGGCCGAACGGCCAGAGCCGGCAAUCAGGGAACGGCUAUCACUUUAGUAACGCCAACACAAUUAAGUCAUUUUAAUAUCAUUUCGCGAAGAAUUCACAAACGAAGUGAUUGUAAAGAUAAGAGUGAAUUACAGAUCGAGAAAAUGGUUGUCAAAGAAUCGCAACUAAAGCCACAAUUGAGUAAAUAUAAGAGCGCUUUGAAUAAACUCUCGCUUUAUAUCAAAGUCGACGCAAAGAAGAAGCAGAUUAUGAAAAGAAAUUUCAAACAUUGA